AGUGCUGCGCACGCGCAGCUUCGCCAUCUUUCUGGUCCCCCUCCUGCGCCAGCAGGUUUAGUGAAGGCCGAAAUCCCGUUUCCAGAUUUCCUAGUAACUCAAGGUCCUGGUUGCCCACCUUCCCAAGAGCAGAGGUUACUUCAUGUAGGCUGGAGAGCUACCACCAAAAGAGCAGCUUGCCUUCUCAUCUUCUGGUCUUCUCUUAGGUCCUCCGUCACAUCCAGUUAUGGAACACCUUGAAAGCUAGUUCUGGAAGCUGAGCAGGUUGUAUCUUCAUACAUCUCCAUGCUUUUUUAAGAACACCAGAAAAUGAACAAACCCCAGGGGUCACUGUCAUUUGGAGAUGUGGCUGUGGACUUCUCCCAGGAGGAGUGGCAGUGCCUGGACCCUGCUCAGAGGACCCUGUAUAAGGAUGUGAUGCUGGAGAACUACAGUCACCUUGUCUCAGUGGGGUAUCUCAUUAAAAAGCCAUCGGUGAUCUUCAAGUUGGAAGAAGGAAAGGAGCCAUGGAUAUUGGAGGAAGAAUCUCUAUACCAGAACUACCCAGAAGACAGCAAAGCUUACCUAACAGAGGGAAUCCAGAAAAACCAAGACAAAUAUUUGCCACAAGUUUUAUUAAACAACAAAACAGUGACUUCAGAGAAAGUUUAUGCUUUAAGAAAAUCAUCUAAUAUGAAUACAAAGUUUAUUCCUUUAAGAAAAAUGCCUUGUAAACAUGACUUACAUGGAAUGAAUUUGAAAAAUAUUUUAAUAUCAGUUGGUAGUAAGAGAAAUUCUUCAAGAAAAAAGCCUCCCAUGUUAAAUGUAUAUGAGAAAUUACUUGAUAUUAAGCAGGAAAAACCUCAUACUCAAGAGAUUUCUCAUGAAAAUAAUCAAUAUGAGAAAGCCCUUGGUCAUAAGAAUGGUAUUACUCAGCAUGUAAAUAGUCAAUCUUCAGAGAAGACUUUAAAAUAUGAUGGUGGAAAGUCCUUAGGAAAAAAGACCACAGUAAUUCCACACAGGCAAAUUGACACAGGAGAGAAAAUCUGUGAAUAUAAUGGACAUGGACAAACCUGUGAGAAGGCAUCUCUCUUGAAAUGUCAUGGGGUCUCCUUCGAAAUAAAACAAUGCAAAGGCAAUCAGAUUGAAAAUAAUUUCAGCAGGAUGUCACAUUUCACUAAAGUUCAGAAAAAACAGAGACAUGAGUGUCUAUUCAAAUGUAGUGAAUGUGGGAAAACAUUCAACUACAAGUCAAACUUCACAGUGCAUCAGAGAACACACACAGGAGAGAAACCCCAUGAAUUUAAUUCAUGUGGGAAAACAAGUCACAAAUCACCUCUCACAGACCAUCAGAUAACACAUACAGGGGAGAAACUUUAUAAAUGUAGUGAAUGUGGGAAGUCCUUUUGUAAGAAGUCAUCUCUUACUCGACAUGAGGGAACAUAUGCAGGGGGGAAACCCCAUGAAUGUAAUGAAUGUGGAAAAACUUUCUGCAAGAAGUCAGCCUUCACUCAACAUCAGAGAACUCAUACAGGAGAGAAACACUUCCAAUGUAAUGAACGCAGGAAGACUUCCCGCCGCCAGUCAGACAUUAAGGUACAUCAGAGAAUUCACAAAGGAGAGAAACGCUUCCAAUGUGAUGAAUGCGGCAGAACUUUCCAUUGGCAGUCAGACAUUAAGCUACAUCAGAGAAUUCACACAGGAGAGAAACCCUUUCAGUGUAGUAAAUGUGAUAAAACUUUCUAUCGGCAGGCAGAUGUUAAUGCACAUCAGAGAAUCCACACAGGAGAGAAACGCUUUCAGUGUAAUGAAUGCGGUAAAACUUUCUAUUGGCAGUCAGACGUUCAUGCACAUCAAAGAACUCACACAGGAGAGAAACCCUUUCAAUGUAAUGAAUGUGGUAAAUCUUUCCAUCGGCAGUCAGAUGUUAAUGUGCAUCAGAGAACUCACACAGGAGAGAAACGCUUUCAAUGUAAGGAAUGUGGUAAAACUUUCUAUCGGCAGUCAGACGUUAAUGCACAUCAGAGGAUUCACACAGGACAGAAAUCCUUUCAAUGUAAGGAAUGUGGUAAAACUUUCUAUCGGCAGGCAGACGUUAAUGUGCAUCAGAGAACUCACACAGGAGAGAAACGCUUUCAAUGUAACGAAUGUGGUAAAACUUUCUAUCGGCAGUCAGAAGUUAAUGUUCAUCAGAGAACUCACACAGGAGAGAAGCCCUUUCAAUGUAAUGAGUGUGGGAAAACUUUCUAUCGGCAGUCAGAUGUUAACGCACAUCAGAGAAUUCACACAGGAGAGAAACCUUAUAAAUGUAAUGAAUGUGGGAAAUCCUUUUACGAGAAGUCAUCCCUCACUCGACAUGAGAGAACUCACACGGGGGAAAAGCCCUAUGAAUGUAAUGAAUGCAGGAGAACCUUCUGCCAGAAGUCAGCCCUCACUCAACAUCAGAGAACUCACACAGGAGAUAGACCCUUUCAAUGUAAUGUAUGUGGUAAAACUUACCGUCAUCUGUCAGCCAUUAAUGUACAUCAGAGAACUCACACAGGAGAGAAACCCUUUCAGUGUCAUGAAUGUCAGAAAGCUUUUCUUACAAAGUCGACUCUUAUUAAUCAUCAGAGAACUCACACAGGGGAAAAACCCUUUGAAUGUAACGAAUGUGGGAAGAGUUUUCGUCAUAAAUCUACCCUCACUACCCAUCUGAGAAUUCACUCAGGAGAGAAACCUUAUAAAUGUUGUGAAUGUGGAAAAACUUUUGGCCGGAAAUCAGCGCUUACUCAUCAUCAGGGAAUUCACAUAGGGUAGGAACUCUGUGGCAGAAACUUGCUCUGUUUUUCCCAAUACCCAUUUCUCUUUGUGGUUACACAACUAGUCAAGAUUUUCUAGCUUUCCUUCCAUUCACAUGAGGCCAUAUGACUUCUGAAACAAAUACCAAGCUUGUAAAGGACCUCAUUUGGAAUUUUUCCUACUCCCAUUUUUCUUUCCUUAUCAAAGGGUAAUGGAGAUCAUCCUCAGGGUAACUUGGGAGCUAAUCAUUAGAGAUUACAGAUUCACAGGUUAGAAGAUACCAGGGUCCUGCGCAGAGUUCUGCCUUCUCUAACAUCACUUGUAAGUUUUGUCAUGAACUGGAAAUUAAUUUCGGAUUUGUUCAGCCAUUACAUGUUUAGGGCUUUUUGUUGUCAUGGUAUAUCCUAGCCAUCCCUCAUCUCAUAUACCUUGUGAAUCUAAUGAAGGUAUGAGAAACACUGUAUGUCAGAGAAUUCAGUGGGCAGGGAAACUGCUCUCAGUAUUCUUCAUUUUAAUAAACUUUGAUCAAGUCAAGCAUUUUGUAAAUCAGAAAUUUACGAAUUGAAACACCCCAAAAUGAAAUGGAUAUAGGAAAAUUUUCACAAAAAUCUACAUCUGAUUGACCAUCAGAUAAUUGAGAGUGGAAUAAAAGCUAAUAACUUGAAAAACAUUUCAAGAUUGAUUUAUCAGAGAAUACAUAACAAAAGAAAAUUGUCAGUUUAGGAAGUGAGGAAAACAUCCUCAUCUAGAAAUAAUCUUAUUCUGGAAGCAAUGUUUUGGAUGCAAUACUAAAUAUCUUAUUAAUAAUCUAACACGGGAUAUUUAUUUGACCGUCACAGUCAACAAGGAAUAUGUAGCUUUGAGAAGGCACAAGUGAGUUGAGUCAUCAAAGCAACAGUACUAAGUGUAUAUGUGAAUAAUAUAUGUAAACCCAAAGUAACAGCACUAAAUGUAUAUGUGAAUAAAGUAACAGCACUUUGUAAACAUCAAAGUAACAGCACUAAGUGUAUAUGUGAAUAAUAUAUGUAAACUGAAAGUACAGCACUGUCUAUGUGAACAAAGUAACAGCACUGCUUAUUUACAUGAGUAAUAAUAAGCCUCUGAGCUUUGUUAGGCUUAUACAUAGGAGUGUGCUCUUUAACGGCUACUUUCUAUAUGCUUGAUUUUUGUUGUAGCCUCCAAAAUAGUUAUAGUAGGAACAAUGCGCCCUUAGCUAAAUAAUUUUUGUAACAUACACUACGAUUUCUGACACUAAAUGCUAUUGUUGUCCCAUCAUAUUCUUACACCACAGUAUAUAUUUUUUAAAAGAAGCGUUGAAUGCAUGAAAUACCAUGUGUCAUGUGUGUUUUCUACUUUUUGGUGGCACGUGUAAAUCAGUAUAGACAUUGUUAACAAACUAUUCUUUUAGGAGAUGACCAAAUAACGACUGAUAAAAUCAAGAUUUACUUGAAGUAUGCAAUGAUUCAGUACACAGUUAUUUAUAGUACACAUCUGAAUCAAUUUUCAAAAUUGGCCUUGAACAUUAGUACUUAUUAUUCUGUACAGAUUGAAAGCAGGGCCUGUUGAAGAAAUUUUCCCCAUUUUAUAUUUGUGUUAUAUCCAAAGAAUAUGCUUAUAUAAGUUUUAAGUGUGAAGGUCAGAUUUUAUGUGAGCAAAAAACUAUCUGCAUUUGUAUUUAGUGUGGUAGAAUGCCACAUUUUCCCUCCUACAAUUAUACGUGUUUUUUUUCAGACAAGCUGUUCUAUGUCUGUCACUUAUUAUUUGAGUGACCUAUGUAGUGAUUUAAUUUCUGCCUCAAUUUCCUCAUCUGCAAAAUGGAGAUAAUAUUAUCUACCUCACAGAUACUGAACAGUUUGGGUCAGAGUUUUCUGUUAUUAGAGCUAAAGGCAUUUAUGUUUAGAACUUGAACAUUAGAAAUAAAAUGGUCUGUCAUUCCAUAGUAUGAAAUGUAUUUCUGCUUCUUGAGUUGAUACAAGAAAAGUCUUACUAAAACUUUGUAUUUUGUCAGGUUUGUCUUUAAAACAUACGAAACGUGUUUAAAGUGAAUAGAAUCGUCUACUGACCUUUUUCUGUUGUUGAUUAAAUAUGGUAUGAACUAAAAAUCCAACUUUGUUUUUUUCCAAAUGAAUAGCCAGUUGAUCUUUCAGCUUUUGAUUCAUUCACCCCUAUUUCACUGAUAUGAAACCACAUUUUUAUUGUAUAGAGAUUUAUCCUUUGGUGUGGCUGUUACAUUUCUAGGCCCUGUAUUCGGGUCCCCAUUAUUCUGGUGGUGCACAAUCCAGAUGGGCCAACCAUAGGACACCACCCUACUGCCCCACACCAAUGAUUUCACUGCUCUUCACUCUCUGCUUUUUGCUGCUUUGUAUAAACUCAUAGUGAAUUUCAGUGGUUCUAGUAACAUUCUGUCACAUCACGCUUUGUGCCUUAUCCUGAACACUAUUCCUUUAUUAAAACCAGCAUAAUGGUUUUGAGUUAUGUCCGUGUUUAUAUAUGUAGCUCUUGUAAUUUUUUAGCAUCUUAUACUCCGUUCUAUUAAAAUAACUUAAUUCUGUUGAAAGG